AUGGUUAAACUGAUUGAAUACCCCGUGUCGGAGGACAUCCAAAAGUCCUACACGUCUUUCGUAAAGACAGUUGAGGAGAGCUUCACUCCUAGAUACCCCACCGAGGAUCCGGAUCCCGUCUUGCUUGAGGCAUUUCAUGAUCUUACGUUGACUGCCGAAGGCUAUAUCGAAUACAGUAACGAGCACGACUCCGUGGAAGACUGGAACGAUCCUUCUACCACAGAGAACAAUGUGUUCCAAGACAUGAUCAGUAUAUGCACGGUGUAUCAUCAGAGAACUUUGGCCGAUGGCGAAUUCUCCAAAUUGGCAAGAGCUGGUAUGCAAUGUAUGAAGCAUGCCUACGACCCUCCGCCGCGAGACAUGCUCUCCUACCCACCCCUGCCGGACUCCCUAUUGACUGUGUACCGUCACAUGGGAUACACACCGAUCGAAGAUGCCAUCUUCUCCGAUCUCGUUCUUUCAUACGAGAAAACUUGUUUCUGGAGUGCAUGGGGCAACCGCUAUGACCAUUGCUAUAACAGAGCGAGAGAUUUGGAUGACUCGGAUGAGGAUUACUGGGAUGAAUGGGAAUGCCAGUGUUGGUGUGACUAUUGCGUGGACGAGACUGCGUAUAUAACAGGCAUAGAGGAGUGGCGCGUUUUCCCAACAGCCAUAACCUACAUGGAUAGGUUCGAAGACGUGUUUGAAAACAUUCUGGGGUUCAUCUUCUCCGAUCUUCGUACAACAUGCGGCUCGUAUUUGGAGUACACCAACGACUUCGACAACUGGAACGACCCGGAAAUCGCCGCAUUCCGCGAGUUUUCCGAGGUAGUUGAAUACACAACCUACGUCUGUCCGGACUGGUUCCAGAAGUUCCUCUACUUACCUGGAGAGCUCCGCGAGUCCAUCAUGCACGAGUAUGCUUUGAUGGAGUGUGAUGCUGGUCGCCUGAGCGAGCAUCAGCACUACGACGAAUUCAGCAAUCCGUGCUGCAAGUGGGAGUAUCCCAACGUGCUCAUCGCUUGCGACAAUCAGAACCGCAAGGUGUUUCCGAACGCUAGCACAGGCCGUUGCCCAAAGGGUUGGCUACCAAACCUCGCUUUCGUGAGCCACAAGAUGCACGAGGAAGUUCUCGUCUUGAUGCUGCAGAGGACCAAGCGAUUCGAUUUGAAGUACAUGUUCCGAAACACUAACUUCAAGAUCGCGACUUGGUUUACCAAGUUCAUAAAGGCGAUUCCUGGCGGCGGCGGCGAGAACGCGGUGAAGCAUCUCAACUUCCCGCACAUGCAUUGGUUCAACCACCAGCGCAUCUUUAAUAAAGCACUUACGAAUCCGAGCUUGGAUUUGGCUGUCGCUUGCAAGAAUCUUCGCAAGCUGGAUAUGACUUUCCAUGUCGACAAGGUGACUAUCAGCAAUGAGGAUACUGACUGGAAGCGCCAGGCACUUCCUCUUGCUAAAGUCAUUGACCGCUUCAAGCUGGGGACGCUAUUAUACUGCCCUCGUUUGGAGGAAGUGUACAUCGACGGCAUCUACAUGCGGCCGUCUCGAGGCGGCGAGGAGAAGGAUCUUGAUGUGCUCGAGGACGUCAGCAAGUGGAUGACGAAGAGCUUCCUCGUUCGGCGGAAUCCGGAGCGCGGUAUCCAAGUCGAGCUGGUUCGCCGAUGGGGAUGUUGGAGGGGACGUGUACGUGGGACGAUGAUUGAGUUGAAUGAACAAGACAUGGUAGAGGUGAAAGCGCGCAUUGAGAUCGAGAGCGAGUGUGUGAAGGCUCUCGCUCUACCUGAGCCUGACAUAUUCACCUAG